UGGCAUCCUACUGCCUCUCUAUUGUCAUAAGCAAACCCAGAGGCCACAGAGGAGGAAGACGAUGGGAUUCACCAAGAAAGCUUCAGUGCUCCUCCUUCUCCUCCUCUCCCUUCUCCUAAUUGCUUCUGAGGAAAUGGUAGCGGUGGAAGGCAGGACGUGCGAGUCGGCGAGCACCAGGUUCAAGGGGACGUGCGUGAGGAGCAGCAACUGCGCCAGCGUCUGCCAGGGCGAGGGCUUCCCCGACGGCAAGUGCGAGGGCGUCCGUCGCCGGUGCAUGUGCAGGAAGCCCUGCUGAAGAAGCCCCUCCACCUGUUUCUCAUCACCGUCGUUACUACGUUGGCGUGCAUCUUACCAUGACCUUCCUGGUUUCUCCUUUGUUUUCUUGACCUACUACUUGCAGGAGACUACGUUUGGAGUAGCCAAUAAGAGGAGUGUCAACACUGCGUUGUGCUCUAUGUUUGUGUCUGUGGAUCGAUUUGUGUUGUUGCUUCUUUUGGGUGAAUCGUAGUGGUAUAAAAAUCUCUUUUCAGUAAAGCUAAUUUUUCCUCCAUCA